UCGGUUUUGGGGUGGCAGAUGUUUCCUUCGGCGCAGCACCGUUUAGUUUCGAAUAUCGCCACUCUGGGCAACGACGUGUCGUACGUAGUGCUGCUGCCGAUGCCGUUUGUCGGUUGCUUGUUUUUGCUUCCUCUCUACCUCCUCCCGCCGCCGGUUCGUAUGUGAUUUGUGUGCCUCUUACCUGAACUGGGCUUGCCGGAUUCCUGUACCGCACCCCCUCCUCUGCUGCUGUACCUGGACGAGAAUAGGGUGCAGCCUCCGCAGGAUUAGGGUGUGUGAGAGCAAGAGGGCCCGGUUCAACGGCGGGUGUGGGCGUUCGAUGCGCAGCGAUGACGACACUGGAUAAACAAUAGAAGAGCAUGGUGGUGAUUUAAAUUUUGAACCGACCGACUUCAACCGACUGCAGUGACGAGGGUGCACGGUGAAUUGUGGAAACUUGUGAUUAAACGGUGAAGCUCUGCCGCUAUCUACCGGUGUGUUUGGGAGUGAUUAACUAGCGAUUGAUUAUGCUAAUUGAUGGUUACUUAAUUUGGCUAAUUACGGCAACUGGUCUACUGUGGCGAGUGUGAACGUGUGUUUACUCUGGGUGCUCGUGGCGAAAACAACAACUGAAGAGAGCUGUGCGCCGCGGACGCCAAGGAAAAGCAAGACCAUCUGUUGCAAGGUGAAGUGCAAACCUCAGAAACAACAAACGAAGAGCGUGAAAUAAUGGUUUCUUGAAAAUAGAAAUGUUUAUUUGAUCAAUUGAAGGAGAUCCGUCGGAAAACAGCAGCAGUUAGUACAAGUGUGAUUGAUUCCGAUGUAAGUGGCCUCAGCGAGUAAACGAGGCGAAUUACCUGCUUAAAAGUGGUGCCACCAGAAAAUUAAACCGAAUUGGCCCCCAAACAACUGAGAAAAGGGGCAAAAUUUGUGAGUGUGAAUUUGUCGUUAGAUCCAAAAGUGAAAAUUGUGAGCGGCUUUUCAGAAAACGCAGCGACGCACGUCAAGCCGUGAGUUUGAAGUUUGAUUGCGUUCCGACCAUAGCGAAAGGCCAACCUCAAAGUGGCCUAUCGAUUUGAUGCGAAGCAUUAUCCGACACUGAUCGACAGUUUUGUCCACCCAGCCGUUUUCACGGUGAAUGUGAUUGCAGUUCAAUAGCGUACAAGUGUGCAACCAGAGACAGAGAGCGAGCGAAAGAGGGAUAUCUUGAAGAGCCGCUGAUGCGGAAUGCGGUGAUUGGUGAUUGACGGUUGCUGCGGCAGACGACUGUCGUGGUAAAUAUACAAACGACCAACGAUCGAUCGACUGGAAAAAUGGUUGAGUGAAAAAUUGCGCGCUUUGUGGUGCCUGGAAAAGUGCGCCGAUUUUUUCGAAAAUCGUUUGAAUUGGGCUGUUUGUGUAUUGUGUGGAUGUUUUGCUGUUCGUGACAAUUGAACCAGAAAGACAACGAUCAACACACCACGGUGCGGACUUGGCAGGAGUUUGGUUUGUUCAAUAGACUGCUGAUUGAUGUUACACAAGACGGGUUUCACGAGAGGAACACACCGGAUGGAUUUGUCCAGAAUGAUAAAAGCACGAUCAACACGAUGGCUGCUACCGGCCCUACUGAUAGUGUCAACGCUGGUCCUGGGCUCCCAGGCCGACAAAACGAUGGACACCCGGGAGGGCGAGGACGUGACGCUCAAGUGCCGCUUCAACGAACACUACUCGGACCGGGAGUACUCGUACUACUGGGCCCGGCAAAGUCUCAACAAGUACGACAAUGUGGCCAUCAAGGCGGAUACCUUCAACCAGAACUACAAAAUCGACUACCGGCCGGACAAGGGCAUCUACGACCUGCAGAUCCUGAACGUGUCCUACUCGCGGGACAACGGCCGGUACGAGUGCCGCAUCAAGCUGUUCGGCGACGGCGAGGUCAUCUACGAAGACUACUACAACCUGACGGUCCUGACGCCUCCUCAGCCGCCGCUGAUAUUCCCCGGCAGCGAAACCACCGCCACCGAGGACAAAGCCCAGGAGCUGACCUGCAGCAGCGUGGGCGGAUCACCCGAUCCGAUGAUUUCAUGGUACCGAGAAGGUAGUACCACACCAAUGGCGGCCAAUCUGAUCAGCGGUGGAUCGCGGGAUUUGCAAACGACGAGUACGUUGACGAUCAUCCCUCGCCGCGAAGACGACGGAGCCAAGUUCAUGUGUGUGGUGUGGAACCGAGCCUUAGCGGAGGGUCAUCGGCUGGAAACCGUUACGACGCUCUCGGUUAACUAUUUUCCCCGUGUCGAAAUCGGUCCGGAGAACCCGAUGAGUGUGGAGCGUGACCAGACUGCCAAGCUGGAGUGCAACGUCGAUGCCAAGCCGAAACCGGAACGCGUGCAGUGGACCCGUAAUGGCCGUUUCAUCUCGUCCCAUCCGGUGCAUACGAUUCAUCGGGUGUCACUGCAGGAUGCCGGCAAGUAUGCCUGCUCGGCUGACAAUGGGCUUGGUAAGACCGGAGAGCAGGAAAUUGUGUUGAAUGUCCUGUAUCCGCCGAUUGUUCAGGUUGAGUCCAAGACCAAGGAAGCCGAAGAGAAGGAAACCGUUCAGAUCAAGUGCAACGUCACGGCGAAUCCACCUCCGGUUACGAUCGAGUGGUUGAAAGAGGGUGAUUUGGAUUUCAGAAGGAAUGGGGAUACUCUGUCCUUGAGGGAUGUUCGGGCUGAGGAUGCCGGAACUUACGUUUGUCGCGGUAUUAACAUCAUGAAGCCAUACGGAGGAAAGACCUUGGAGCGUGAAGGUAAUGCUUCGAUUGCUCUGUUGGUUCGUCACCGCCCAGGUCAGUCAGUCAUUACGCCUGAGAAACCAGUUGUCCACGUGGGUAACAGUGUAAGCUUGAUGUGUAAGGCUGAUCCGCCUGGCUGGCCGCUAGCUCAAUAUCGCUGGUACCGUGAUGUUGGCGGAGAAGUCUCCACUACGGUAAUCGCUCAAGGUGCCCAAUAUCUGAUCCCCAAAGCCGGUCUUCAAAGCGAAGGCAAGUACUACUGUCAUGCCGGGAAUGAUCUUGGAAACGGCGGAAUGGCAAGUGCUGUGCUUGAAGUUCAUCAACCUCCCCAAUUCCUGGCUAAACUUCAGUCCAAUAUGAUUCGUCGCGCUGGAGAAAGUGACUUCACAGUUACGUGUAGCGCUAAAGGAAAACCUGAACCAUCGAUCACCUGGUUGAAGGACGAUAUCGAAAUCACACCCGAUUUGCACAUGUUCGAGGUAAAAACGAACGUCGAUAAGGGUCCUAACGGCAUGGUCACGGUACAAAGCAUGCUCAAGUUUGUCGGAAAAGUCCGCCCUAAUGGAAACGAUCUGAUGCCUGGCGAUCGCGGUCAGUACACUUGUUUGUACGAGAAUGAAGUCAACAAAGCCAACUCCACCAUGCAUCUGAAGAUCGAGCACGAACCGAUCGUCCUUCACCAAUACAACAAGGUAGCCAAUGAUAUCCGGGAAACUGCCGAGGUUGUCUGCAAAGUCCAAUCAUAUCCCAAGCCUGAAUUCCAAUGGCAGUUUGGAACCAGUCCUGCUCCAAUCAUCAACAACGAACACUACGAGAUCAGUGCCACUUCGGACAGCAACGACGUUUACACCAGCAUUCUGAAGAUCAACAACCUCCGGCAUCAGGACUACGGAGACUACCAUUGCCGUGUUUCCAACGCUCUCAACACCAUCCACGUCCCGAUCCGUCUGCAACCCAAGGGAUCCCCCGAGAAACCAACCAAACUGAAACCGGUUGAAUUAGGCCCCAACUUUGUUGUUCUGUCCUGGACACCAGGCUUCGACGGAGGUCUCAGCAAUACGAAAUACUUCGUAUCCUACCGCAAGAUUGUGAUCCCUAAUGAAAGUUUGGUAACGGAUGAGUGCGCAGCUGUCGCGGCCAGCGGUGCUGAAUGGAUGGAGUUUGACUGCCGGCGAGAAGUCCCAUGCACGAUCACUCCUCUCGAUCACCAUCAAAGCUACAUGUUCAAGGUGAAGGCCUUGAACACCAAGGGAGUUUCGGAACACUCAAACGAAAUCAGUGCCACCACAAAGGUUGAAAAGGUUCCAAUCCCGCUGCACGCGUCGUUCGAUCCGGAAACCCGUAUCUUGGCAAUGAACAUCGGAACCACUUGCUUGUCGAUGAUCGCGAUCGUUGAAUCCGUGAUCUACGGUGAUACUCCGAUGGCUGCUUGGCACAUUAUUGAAACGGUCGAACUGGAUGUGAACGGUCAUGAGCCGACUUAUGUGGAGCGCAAGAUCGAGCACUUCGUUGCCAACCGGCGGAACAAUGGACGAUCGCUUGGAACGGGACUGGAGGACAUUCCGCUGCCGGCGUUGGAAGAUGAACUGAACCCGAGGGUUCGCGUCAAGCUUUGCUUGAAGAUCAAUCACGAGUACUGCGGAGAAUACGUUGAGGCUGAUAUAGGUCCGUCGCUCAUCACGGAGGCAUCGUUCGUCGAACUGCCCACUCUCAUUGCGAUCGUAGUGUCCUGUAUUGUCGCUGGCUUGUUUGUCGUGCUGCUGCUGAUGUUCUGCCGCUGCAAACGCAAGCAGUCCAAGGAGUCCGCCAAGGCCAAGGAAUACGACAUCGACUCGAUCCAUCCGUCGAUCGUGGCGCAACAGAAUCAGGCUCCUCCGCCGUACUAUUCGGCCAGUAGCUUGGAGAACAAGGCUCUUGAGCACUCCAUGGAUCUGGCCAUGGAUCAGAACACGGCACUGUACGCUAGUCAGCAGACUUAUGGUUAUCAUCAACAGAACGCUAUGAUGCCGCAGGUUCCCCAGAAUGAUUGGUCCAACAUGGGCUACGUGGAGAACUCGUACUCCAACUCGAACAACGGCGGAAGCGUCAACUCGCAGGACUCGAUCUGGCAGCUGAAGAUGUCGGCCGCGGCGUCCAACUCGGCCAACAUGAUCCCGCAGCACAACUACAUGGACCAACCGCUGCAGCAGAACUACGGCUACGACCCGAUGACGCACGGUGGCUACGGGGCGGUGGACGACUACGCACCCUAUCCGCAUCUGAUGGCCACGGCCAGCCAGCACGGAGGCGAUGACUACCACCCGAACAUGCGCACCAGCCAGAACCCGUCCCGGCAGGACUACUGCAGCGAUCCGUACGCCUCGGUGCACAAGCCUAAGAAGAGGAUGGACCAACAUAUGGACUUCGUCGCCGAGUCACCGUACCACGAUGUGAGCGGACUGCCCGAUCCGUACAUGGAACAGGACGAGGUGAAAUCCCCGGGACCCAACCAGCACCUCUCGAUGAGCUACGACGACGCCCUGGCCCUGGAAAGUGGAUACUCGACUCCGAACUCGCGCAACCGCCGUGUCAUACACGAGAUUGUCGUGUAGGGCGGCUGUCUAGCGAGUACCACGCGGAACGCAGGAUCAUCGGGAACCAACUGACAAACGAAAGGACACGCAACAAGGAUAUUGCUAGGAACCGCCGACAACUCAGAAUCACUAAACCCACGACAAUUUUAAGCAAACGCCUACACACACACUCACAGAGAAUAGUUCAAAUUUUUUAAUCGAAUUGAUAACCGGGCAGUGCUGGUGGCACAGUUCUUCAUUGUUUUCAUUUGUGUUGUUGUGUACAGACAGAAUUGGAACGGAGAUGGGAACGCUGCCAGCUACACUGCACCAAAACGGGAGGGCAAACGCGAAAGUUUAUACAUUAAAAAAAAAAGAAAUAACGAUCGUCUGGACGAAACGCCUUCAGCCCAAGGGCUCUGUUUGAUCUCAAAUAACUCUUUCUGAGGCAAUCGCUGGAUGGUGCGGCCAAACUGUGAUUGUAAAUAUAACCGUAAGCCUAAAUAAGUUUAGCUCCAGUUAUUUUUUGACAAACAAGCGUUUUUAUCCCGGAAGAAACGGAUUAGGAAAAUUGUCAUCGUGACGAUGCGCUGAUUUUAUCUGACCAUCCUGGCAGAGUAAAGUGAUGGUUGAUUGGCUCCGUAGUGCGCGAAAACCGAAUGUGCCAUUUAGUGUGUGCGUACGUGUCAAAAUAAAACAAAAAUCGAAUGACGACAAGAAUGAAAUUACUCACAGCAUGUAAAAACACGGAAGCAAUUACGGAGGCAUGAGCCAGGAUCACGCGCAGCUUGUUAAAUUUGGAUCUGCGAAAAAAAAAUGGAGAAAAUCGUAUGAGAUUAAGGGAAUCGAAAAAGUUUAGAUUGCUACUUAAGAUUAGAAGAAAAACUCGUCCGAGUCAAAAGGACGCGUUCCGUAUGGUCGUUUAGAUGCGCAUGUAGGAUAAGUAAGGCAAAAUGGUGCCAUUCACAAUUCAUUUCGAAGAGUCGAAUAGCUUGGCUUACUCGAAAUGGUUUCUGAUAAAUCUUCCACCUAAUUGUAGAAAUACGACAACAAAAAUCGUGACACAUGACAAUAAUUUUAGUUCUAUUACCUUAUGUUCUUAUUAAAACUGUUUAUAGUAUGUUUCCGCGCAGUUUUGAAAUUAUUGAAAAUUGCAGUCGAAUGCUGCAAUGUUUUUUUUACCGUUGUUGAUCUUUGAUCAACGGCAGGAUUUAGGACAUUUGGUCGAAUAAGGUUUACUGAUUUGAUGAAAAGUCUAAGGAUAUCUAAUAGAAUAAACAUCGUGUUGAACAGAAUUUUGAUUGAACAUAUGUAAGUUUCGAUAGAAUGGAUUUGAUAUAACGGUCAUUAUGUCGAACAGGCCUAAUAAGCAAGAGUAUGACCCAAACAGACAUUGGAGUGUCAAAUAAUUCGCAAGCGCAUCGGGAUGACCUCUUUUUACAUAGGGUUUACCAAACGAACGUUAGGGUGACCCUAGUAGAACUUUUAAACUAAUCAAAAUAGUCAACUACUGAAUAGAGAGCGUUCAUAAAUGACGUCACGCGAAAAUUGUUCAUUUUCAACCCCCUCCCCCCAUGUGACACUUUUUGUAUGAGACCUCUGAAAUUUUUGUAUGGGUCGUCACACUUCGCUGAACCCUCCUCCUCUCCCCCUCAAAGCGUAACGUAAUUUAUCGACGUUCCCUUAACGACUUUCCAAAUGAACAUUCUUCAAUAAUUUUCUGGCAUAACGUCCCAGCUGGAUAAGACAUGGUUUUCAGCUUCUGAGCACGUCCUCAGUAGCCAGUUGAGAGUUUUCUUUACCAAUUGUGCAUUUUGCAUUCGUUGAAUUUCAUGACAUGUCGUGGCAGACACAAACGAACAUCAGACUUGUCUAAAUGAACAUUUUUCUUCUUAUGUCUUGGUUAGGCAGGCACAAAGAUAUUCUAUUUCCAAGAAAGUCAAGGAAACAUCCUUUACGAAAAGAUGCUGGACCGACCGGGAAUCGAACCCGUCAGCCUUAUCAACUCCUCAGUAAACAUCAGUCGACCACAUGUUAUACAUUCUCUAGCAGCUUGCCUAUGCGAGGAGCCAAACCAUUUCUUUUGAAGAAAACUCCUAGCGUCACUUGGCAGCUAAAUGCAAAUACGUCCUCCUUAUGAAUCGUAUCUUCAGUGUACUCAACACUUUAAACUCCUCACGUUAAUUGUGUGAGAUUAAUUCAAACUUGUAAAAUGUAAAUUACCUUCCCUCCUCCUUCCACCGCCCGCCGUAGUGUUAACAACUCUUCCCUCCGUAGAUUUUACAAAAAUAUGCUCGUUUUUCUACUUUUAAUUUAAGUUGCUAUUAUAUACGUUAUAAACACACACCGAUAAGGAUAAGAGCGCUAGGCGAGAAAUGAGUAAUUAAAAACUUGUACAUACCGAACUACCCACACUUCCCCCACCCUCCAUCUUCCGAACGGCGGAAACCGCCUUUAGUUGCGAUGUUGUAAAAUGGAACGAAAGUGUUGCAGUUACAGUUGCAUAACACCCCCUCUCACUCCCUCGCCUUCACCACCCCGCCCCACAGUUGUAGAAAAGUCAACAGGCGCUAAAUUAAAAGGGCUAAUCGUCGCUGCAGCCAAGCGCAUUCCUCGCAAUCUCUCCCUCCUUCGCUGGACUCGGAGGAAAUCCCUCCGAUUCCGCCGGAACCGGGAAAGGCGACAAAUGACUUCUUUACAAUUUGGCGCGGACGAACGCAGGGUAGGGAUGGGGACAUGCAUACAACUUCGCUAUGAACAUUCAAACACUCUCCAGAAUUGAGCGCGGAAAAUUAUUAAAACAAAAACAGAAACCGAGAUAAGUUUCUGCAAGCAAUUUGUUCUACAUUAAGGACAGAGAAAGAGAGCAAAAUCGUAAGAAAACACAAGAGAGCAAACGAAAGUUAAAUAUAGUUUAAAAAAAAACGAUGAAAGCACAACUAUGACGACGUCAGAACAGAACAGUAUCUCAGAGUAUCAAUUAGCGAAAACUUUGGCUCAAACAGCUGGUUGCGCGGCACCGGGAAGCAAAUAUAUGAUCUUACAAUUUCAGGAAUUGCAGGGAAGAACUCCCCCCUGGACGACGACGACGUGGGGCGCGGUGGCUUAAUUAUCCUAAAUCGUACACGUUGUCGUGCUGGGGGGAGUUCUUUCCGGUUCCUUGUCGGUCGCCCGUGAAUCGGAGCCGAAAGUAUAUGUUGUGUAAAUAUAUUGACUGAAACUAUUUUUAUUGCUAUCAGCGGAUCUACUUAUUUUAGUACGAUUUGUAAGUACACAUUUUAGCUGUUAGGCGAACAUUUUUGAAGGAAAUAUAAAUCUAUUUUUAAUAAAACAA